UAGAGAUCCCUCCAGCAGCUAGAGGAACCAAACCAGCCUGGAAGAGAUAACUGAGAGGCUCAUUUUCCAACAUGCUGUGGCUCUUUUUACUCUUCUGUGGCCUGACUUUAGCCCAGGACGUCUCCAACCACCCCGACACUUCAUGCUCCCCUACAUGUGAUCUCCUGAAAGAGUUUGACGCCAUCAAGAAAAAACUCAUCUCUUUGGAAACCAGGCUGAACGACACGGAAACAAAGUUAGAGAAUAAUGAGAGGAAGAAUCUUGAACUGGAGAGACAAGCUGAAAAUGCAAAGGUGAUCUUCAGUGCUGCAACAGGAGGAGGAGGCUCACGCAUCGGACCUUUCAGGGAAGCGUCCAUCUUAGUCUACAGAACCGUCUUCGCAAACAUCGGCGGCGCCUACAACGAAACCUCAGGUGUCUUCACCGCUCCUGUCACAGGUGUUUAUUACUUCAGCUUCUCUUACCAUGCUGGAGGAGCACAUGGAACACGUCUGGCUCUCCUCAAGAACUCCAGGACGAUCGUCAUGAGUGGUGAUCAACAAUCACGAGGUGACAGAACUGAUAAUGGAGGGAACACGGUGUUUCUGCAGCUGCAGCAGGGAGACCAGGUCCACAUGCAGAUGGCUGCAGAAACUCAAGUUUGGGGAUCUGACUACCACACCACUUUUAGUGGGUUUUUGGUCUCUCAAAUGUAAGACUGGAUAAUGGAUUAUCUUUCACUACGAUGUUUUAAAAUAAAUGAAAAUCAGUGCCAUUACUUACACCUUGCUACAAAGAGUUAGUUUUUUUUAAUUAUUCAGCUCCACGCUGAGAAUCUGUUUGAUAACAAAUGAAAGCAGAAAUAACUGUUGUAGUUACACGCCAUGAUUGGUCGCAGGGUCACUCAGAACUUUGAUGUUCUAAUCAGAAAGCUCAACCUUCAUGACUGUCCAACAGUCCAGUAGACUUUACUAAGAGAAUGUAUCUGUAACCAUACAGUACAUGCUGGAAUAAAGUUUCUGUAAAUAUGAAAAAAACUAAGAUUUUUAUUUCAAUGGAUUUAAAUCAUCAAAUACAUUUGUUGAUUUAAAAAUUAUUCCCCUCCUUGCAGGCCUGCCCAAAGCCUGCCUAAAAGCUCAGUAAAUGGCCCACAGUUGUGCUCUCAUGUUUAAAACAUUCAUUUAAUUGUGUGAAUUAUUUUUAAUCUCUUUUCACCACUUUUUAGCCAAUUAACCGCCACUUUUAACUAAUUUUCUUGAGUUUCUUUUUUUUGCAUCUUUUUGACCUGUUUUCGCCAAUUUGUCCUGCUCUUUUUUCUCCCUCUCCUUUUAACAACAUUUCCCCGACAACUUUUGCCUCUUUUUGACCCGCAUUACCACCCCUUCUCCGGAUGAUUUUUGCCUCUUUUUGAGGCAUUUUCACCACUUUUUCCUGUGUAUCUUUCCUCUUUUAUCCCAUUGACAGUUUUUAACAUACAUUCCAGACUUUAUCCCACCCUCUUACCUCUUUUUGCCCAUUUUUGCCCCUUUUAACCCCUUUUUGACAUGUUUUAUUGAACCAAUUUUCAUCACUUUUUCCUGCUUAUUUUAAUCCUUACCUCUUUUUGCCCAUUUUUGGACUCUUCAACCCACUUUUGACACUUUUUUUAACCAAUUUUCACCACCUUUUGGCAGAUUUUCAUCCCUUUAUGCCUCUUUGAACAUAUUUUUAAACCUUUUAACACCUUUCCACCUCUUAUUGGUCAAUUGUCAUCCAUUUUUUUCAUUUUUGACACUACUUUGACCCUUCUUCACUGCUUCUUUUGCCAGUAUCUACCAUUAACAAUCCCUCUAUGCUGAUUUUUGACUCAUUUUCAAUGCUCUUUUACCUCUUUUUGGCCCAUGUUCCAUCUCCUUUCCCUAAUUCUGUUUUGUUUAUGUUUUGAAGGGGGCAACACACUAUAGUGAACAAUGAAAAAUCCAUGUUUGUUGCUUUGAUAAAAGUGUUUAUUAUUUGGGUAAAAAAAUAGAAUAUAUGUUUAUAAGAGAUCAAUAUUGACCAGUCUGAUCGAGCUCCAGGAAGCUCUUUCCUUUAUCCCUUCUUGUGGGCGUCCUUGCCUCCUUGAAAAAUCAUGCAUUAACUGUUAUUAACCACAGUUUUUGGAAAGCAGCAUUCAGUUUAAAAAAGAUCUUAGAAUCAUGGUGCCAGCUAAAUAAAUCAAGAACAGAUGAGAAAAAGUCAUUGACAUCUAUCAGUCUGAAAAGGUUAAACAGCCAUUUUAAAGGCUUUUCUAAGGUGAGAGCCGUUAUCCACAAAGGGGGAAAACAUGGAAUAGCAGUAAACCUUCCUAAGGUUGGCCAUAAAGAGCCAAGAGCAUCAUCUAAAGACCUGCCGGCCUCACUUGGCUCAAUGAAGGGCAGAGUUCAUGAUUCAACAAUAAGAAAGACACUGGGCAAAAAUUGCCCAGGGUGGCACAGCCAGUUAUUAGGUUUAGGAGGCAAUGACUUUUUCACAUAAGGCCAGGUAGCUUUGGAUGUUUUUUCCCUUUAAUAACUGAAAUCAUCUCCAUACUUGUACCUUUAAAAAUGACGCCCAUGACCCAACAUCAACCACCACGUGACGUAAAUUCACAUUUUCUCCAAGUAAGAACAUGAAAGCACAUGAGGGCCAAACAGGUUGUUGAUGGGAUCAUUUGAGGACAUGAUUGUUUAUUGGCUGUUAUGUAAUUGCUGGAAACUGGAUCCUGGUUUGCUCAGAUGGGGUAUUUCCCUUGUGAGGUCUUUGGUUCAUUUCUGUGUAGACAAGGUUAUUAAUAGAGGCUAUUAUAUGAUUAUAAGCUGUAGUAUCUUUAAGAAUCAUUUCAUUCAUAACAGGAUUUAAUACAAGAUUUCUAGGAAGAAGAUUAAUGAAGCAUACAUGAACAUUUCUCUGCUCUAUCAAAGGUUAACUGAGAGCCUGUAAACAGACCUAAUAUUGAUUUCUUCUUACAUAAUCAUCCUUGACUCAAAGAGAAUGUUAAAAAUUUACAGGUGACAAAUAAAUAUAAGUCCAGCAGCUGAAAGAAUAAAAUCAUCCCAAAGCA